CAACCCCGGACUUCCCCACAAAGUGCGGAGGAGAUUCCAUGGCGACUCCACAAUUCGCAUUUGAUCGACGGCCUGUCCAUGCUUUGGCGGACUGUCAUGACGCAAGGUAUGGUUUUCUGGAAAUCUUCGAUAUUCUCCGGGUGAAAGUGGUUUGUAUAUGCUGUGCUUGGGUUGUGUUUGUGUGGGUUGGGAUCGCUGGUAUUUCUGGUAUUCAAUCUGAGACAGUAUUUCCCUUUUUGUCUACAGACGACUGGUUCUUGAUUGUUGAUAGAAAUGUCAACUCACGGAACCGCUUCCGCGUGUCAAAGAAAGUCUAAAUGGUACUUCUGUGAAUAACUAAAAUACUACACAAUACGAUAGUAGAUAUCAC